AAAAAAAAAUUAUAAAAUAAAAAAAAAAAACCCUAAAUUCCAAAACUCUACCCCCGCAGUAGAGCAUUUUUGGCGGUUUUCUUGUUUUCACUGAAAUAGAGAGAGAGAGCGAGAACAAGAACAAAAGAAGAUGGAAAUGGAAGAAGAAAGGAUAGGAAUGGUGUUAGUUCGAGCAUCUGAAUUACGCUCCAAAAUCGCAAAUUGCAUUCAUAAAUCAACAAACCCACUUCAAUCUCAGCUUGAAGGUUCUCAAAACAAUGGCGAUUCAUCUUCUUCUGCACAAAAUGGUGAUGAAGCUGAUGAAGGAACUGAUGCCCUUUUGAACAUUUGCUACUCUUUUGAUGCCCUUGAGACUCAGCUUGGUUCUUUGCAAUCUUUACGACAACAGCAGCAAUAUGAAAGGGAAGCUGUGAUUGGAGAAAUUGAGUACAGCCGUAAAAUGUUGCUUAAGAAGCUCAGUGAAUAUAAAGGGGAACACUCUGAUGUGAUACAAGAGGCAGAAGCUUUUGCAAGUAUGAAGGUGGAGCACGACAAUGAAUUGCUACUCCCACCAUAUCAAACCCAUUCUCCAAAUUCUUUGGUGCUAGACAAGAACUAUCUCUCACGUGUUCCAUAUUCACGUAAGCUUGCACAAAAUGGUCUUAAUGGGGGCAGUGAGUCAAAGGAAAGCCACACUCAAAGUAAACCCAACAAGCUAUGGGGAGGAUUUAGAUUUCUUGUUCAUUCAACUGCAAAGACCAUGCUUACCCUUGUUGGCGUCAUCUCUCUUCUUAGCUUGGCUGGUUUUGAGCCUAAGCUUCAGAAAAAAGGUACCAAGUUAAAUGUCCUGUCAUUGUUUCAGCAACCCAAUGAUCAAGGCAGGGCACUUGGUGCACGCUGUCCCCCUGGUAAAACAGCAGUGAUGGAGGAUGGCGAAAUCCGUUGCAUUGUGAAGGAGAGAGUUGAAAUUCCAUUUGAUCAUGUUGCUGAUAAUCCUGAUGUGCAUUAUGGUUGCGGUUAAAAACGGCCUGUGUUGUCAACUUUUUUGUAUAUCCUGCCAUCAUGACAAGUUGAUUUCUUUUCCUUCUAAUUUUGAAAUGAAAUUGUUUAUUUCUCCGUAAUUAUUUAGUUGGCUUUCUUACUGGCUGAUCUCCAUAUUUUGGAGAAAAGUGAAGCCAAAAUCAGAUAUAGGAAGGCUCAUUUUCAAUAAUAUCUAUACAUAGCUCAGUGACCUGUUUUUUCUAGGACCUUUUCUGGGCAAUCUAGGGCAUGGACAGCUUAAUAUGCACUUACAAAGCUAGAGUUUAGAGAUAUGUUUGUCUCCAUCUCUAUUUUCCUCCCUAAUAUGUUUCUCAAUUCGUUUAAGUUCGGGUUUUGUUUCAAGUUGCAUUUGGACCUUGGUAGAGCAAGUAGGAAAUGUUGCCAAUGACCUAAUCUGAGAACCAUCAGAAGCAAGAUAUUUUCGGGUCUAGCCAGAGUCAGUACUUUGCCCAUGACCUGAGAGCCAUCAGAAGCAAGAUAUUUUGGGUAAGAUUUGUAGAUUUUUUUUCCGCCGUCAUGGCUAGUUGGCUGCCAUCAGCUUGUAAAUGGCCCAUCGUUGUUAGGUUGGGCAAAGCUUGAUUGGUUGUUUUCUAUGGCUCAUUGAUGACCCCAAAAUUAUAAACUCAGAGAUCUUUUAC